GGGUUAAGUCUGGAUGGCCUCAAACCAAAUGUUAGGGGCGAGAUUGGCCCAUAUGCGUUCUAACUCUAUUCAGACGAUCCGGAGUUGGCGAGGAGAGGCUGAGUGAGGGGUUUCAUGGCCGCAGACAUGAGAUGGGAUCUUGGGAUGGCCGACCGGUGGUGAGCAUAUAUAGCUUCAGGACCUCCCUCGAGGCACAGAUUUCUUUCUUCAUCCCAUCUUCGUUCUUUUGAGCUCGCUCACACAUUCUUUAAUGUUCUGAGAACUUCGCAUUCUUUCCACACUCAUUAUCAACGUUAUUGCAUCGGCCGGUCCCCAUUUUAUACCCUUCACUUCACUGUCCGCCCUUUUUCAAGACUGAGCCAAUCAACCAAAAUCAUCAAGAUGUAUACACAAACCGUUCUCAUCGCCCUUCUCGCGGCUGUUGCUGAGGCUCGUUUCGGCCAAGAACAAGGAAACGGAGCUAUCGCUGCCAUCUCAGCGCUGUCCGACCUCGGACAAUCCGGCCAAGCAGCCACCCUUGCCGGAGGCUCCAUCCAGUUCCUCCUCGCUGCUGCCAACCCAUGCGGCAAGCUCACCCAAGCCGAUCAGAUCGUCGCUGAGCUCGGAACCAGCGAUAGAGCUAUCGCUGCUGCUCGCGGUCUCGUUGCCGCCGAGCAGAACUUCAACCCCUUCGUCGUCAGCAUCCCAUCCAUCUGCUCCGACCCUACUCUCCCCGCCACCGCUGCUCUCCGCGGUGUUGUCCCUCUCAUAGAUCCUGCUGUUGGUGGCCAAGACAUUGAAAACGCCAACUCGAAGACCUCAGUCACGACUCCUUUCUCCGCCGAUGGCUUGAGCGUCGCCCAAGUCAUGGUUGCCCAAGGUUUCUCUAACUUCACUGCCGUCGAUCUCGCUGGAAACAAGGUUGCUGCUUCAACUCUUGGCUCCUCUGCCAGCUCUGGUACCACGUCAAAUAACACAGCUGCCGUUGCUGUCAGCUCUUCCCCUGCGGCAGUUGCCACGCCCCCUGCUAUCGCCUGCGGUGGUACCACUCUCACAACUGUCACCCGUGCUGCCACCUCUGCCGCACCAGCCGCCACAACCCCAGCAGCCGCCGCGACUGCAUCAACCUCUACCGCCUCAUCUGGGACCGGCGCCGCAGGCACUUGCACCGGCUCAGGCAGCACCCUCCUCUGCACAGCACCCAGCGUCGGUUCUGGCGCCGUCACUAACGCCGUCACUGGCAACUUCGGCGGCUUCGUAGCCUCUACCAUCGCCGGCCUGGACUUCGGACUCUGCGUCCCCACCAUGAAAUUCGAACCCGGGCUCGACAACCGCGCCACCACCGAAUUCACCUUCCAAGCCCAAGACCCUCUCUGCAACAAGGGCCAAGAGGAGGCUCUCAACCCAGCCAUCAUUGCCAACCGCAUCCACGACCAGCUCACCAAUGUCUGUGGUGCCAACCAGGCCGCCAAGGAUGCUGCAGCUGCUGCUCAGACAAUGAUCACCAACCUGGGUACGCGCGAUAGCACCACUGCUGACGCGUGGAAUACCGCUCUUGGCUUCGCUGGCACUGACUUGAACCCUGACAAGGCUCCGGUCACUGGCUUGGUUGGCCACGUCUAAAUCACCAUCAUUUAUUUGAUAGAUAGUUGUCUUCACGAUUUCAUUGUUGCGCUCUUGUUGGGGAAGGGGGAUGAAACCCUCGGUGGCAUUUGUACGAU